GUGUCCUGCACCCCAGUUCUAGAAUGGAAGUGGCACACGUGACACGGCAGGGAUGACCUUGGCAAGUGCGUAAUGCGCCUCAUGGACUCCGGCCUCCAGACUCGACGUUGCAUUCACAAACACAUCCAACCACGUCGCUAUUCGCAUUCACAGGACAAUAGACAUCGCCGAGCUUACACGACCCGAACCGGUGCUGCCCAUACCACACCACAGCCAUGUCCAAUCUCAUCGACGCAGAUGCAGGCACCGAGCGCUUCAGCGGCUACGAAGCCGAGUUGAAGCUGGUGCAGGCCGACCUCAGCCAGCAAAUAGAGCAGAUCAAAGAGACAAGCGGAGAGCCCAGGAAAGCCGCCAUCAGCAGAGCAGAGCGCGCGCUGGAAGAAGCCGAGGAGCUGAUUGGUCAAAUGCGCCUUGAGAAGUCCAACAUCCCCGCAAACCUAAAGUCCAAAUACAACGCGCGCUUCCGCAACUUCGAACACGACCUCGACUCCCACAAGCGCAAACUAGAAACCUACACCUCGGACAAGUCCAAACUCUUCGGCAACCGCUAUACCGACGACCCAGAGAGCGGCGAUGCCCAGCUGGAGCAGCGCCAACAACUGCUCUCCGGAACAGAUCGUCUGAACCGGUCGAGUGGAAGACUGAGGGAGAGCCAGAGAAUCGCGCUGGAGACGGAGCAGAUCGGCGCAGGCACGUUGAGUGACUUGCACAGACAGCGGGAGCAGAUUACAAACACAAGAGAGAGACUGCUGGAGAGUGAAAGCUACACUGAUCGGAGCAUCAAGACGUUGAGGGGCAUGGCGAGACGCAUGGCUACAAACCGCAUCAUCACGAUUGCCAUCAUUACUGUUCUGGUGCUGCUUAUCAUCGCUGUCAUUUACAGCAAGUUUAGAUGAUUGUUCUUACGUUCGAGAAGCGUUUUCCGCCUGGCGUCUGGAGUAUAAUACGCUGUGCGGAUGGGUGUUGAAGCUAAGGCUUAGGUAUCAAAUGGCAUCCACUUCAAUGGUUUCAAGGGGCAGCAGUUUAUCACGGGUACA